AUGGUGGGCAUUGCCGGGGAGCACCCCCGACACUGUCAUUUCCUCUAUUGUUACAACCCGGUCAACGGGCGGUGCACCCAGGAUGAUGCCACCACGAUCACGCUCGCUGCCAACACCACGGACGGCGAGAACCCUCUGUCGGAGGUCUCCUUCCGCGCGGUAGGCUCCUGCGCGCCGGGGGACCUCCAGGCGUCGCUCCCGGCCGGCGCGGCAGGCGUCGCGGGGCUCUCCAGGCUGCCGUUGUCGCUGCCGACCCAGUUCGGCACCAUUCUGAAGGUGGCCAAGCAGUUCGCGCUCUGCCUCCCCGGUGGCGGAAGCGACGGCGUGGCCGUCUUCGGCGGCGGCCCGUUCCAGCUCCUGGCCGCGCCGCCGGUGGAGCUCGCCGACGGCCUGCGCCAGAACCAGCUCCCGCUCCUCAAGAACCCCAGGUCGGACACUGGCGCGUACUACUUCCGCAUCACCGGCAUCGCCGUGAACCAACAGCAGGUGCCCACGCCGCCCGGCGCCUUCGACCUCGACGGUGGGAGCGGCACGGGCGGCGCCAUCUUCAGCACCGUCACGCCCUACACCGCGCUGCGCCCGGAAAUCUACCGCCCGCUCCACGACGCGUUCGACGCGGCCACCAGCGGCAUCGCGCGCGCCGCGCCGGUCGCGCCCUUCGACAUGUGCUACCAGGCCUCCGCGCUCACCAUGACCAGGCUGGGCUACGGCGUCGCAAACAUCGACCUGACGCUGGACGGCGGGCGGACCUGGACGCUGCCCGGUGGCAGCUCGCUGGUGCAGGUCAACGACCAGACGGUGUGCUUCGCGUUCGUCCAGAUUGCGCCGUCAAUGCCGGCGGCGGCCGACUCGCCGGCGGUCAUCUUCGGUGGGUUCCAGAUGGAGAACCACCUUCUCAUCUUCGAUCUGGAGAAGGAGACUUUCGCUUUCAGUGGGCUUCUCUUCGGAAUCCGCACUACAUGCAGCAACUUCAACUUCACCGUGGGGAGUUCUUAGAACUUAAUUAGAAGAGUGCUGUCGCGCGACGCGAGGGUACAAAAACAACAUGAGAUGCAUGUUUGCAUAUGAUCUUGCAAGUAUGCCACCAUCACCCUGUCCUUUUGGUAGU